AUGGAGCCUUCUCAAGAUUUAGCAUCAGAAGGAGAAUUCAGUGGCACUGAGUCUGGAUGGACCACUUACAUUGGAUCUCCUAUCCCUAGUGAAAUUUACCACGAGGAGGGAAGUGUAAACAUGGAAGAAUAUGUCAACAAGUUCAAGAAUGCUGAUCGGAUUCCCUUCGGUUCAGAUUCAGAUUCACUUCUCAAACGACACUCAAACAGAAGGAGGAAACACCGGCCUCACAUGUUGAAGUUGAAAGAUUGGCCUCCUUCUGAAUCAUUUAAGGAAUGUUUACCUAUUCAUUUUAAGAACUUCGUAUCUUACUUGCCGUAUAAAGAAUACACACAUCCUGUAAGUGGUUCUCUUAACCUUGCCGUGAAGUUGCCUGAUGGUUGUCUGAAGCCAGACAUGGGGCCAAAAGCAUACAUUGCUUAUGGAGUUGCUAAGGAGCUUGGGCGCGGUGAUUCUGUGACAAAGCUCCAUUGUGACAUGUCUGAUGCAGUAAACGUGUUGACUCAUGUUGCUAAAGUGAAAUUGGGUUCUGAGAAUGUUACUGCCAUUGAGAAAUUGAUGCCAAAGAACCUUGAGCAAGACAAGAGGGAAUUACAUGAUAUUCAUCAGGAUGGGGAGGCUAAUGAUGAUGGCACAUCUGGGUCUAAGCUCAAAGAAGUUGAAAAAGGUACAGUGGAGCAAGGAGAUAGUUUGUUGGAUGCAAUGGAUUCUUUGGAUGGUGCUCUCUGGGAUAUUUUUCGAAGAAAGGAUGUACCUAUAUUGGAGGGAUAUUUAUACAAGCAUUUCGGAGAGUUUAGUCAUUUUGACUGCCAUCCUUUAACGAAGGUUACUCACCCCAUCCAUGAUCAGACAUUUUAUCUGACUAUGGAGCAUAAGAAGAAGCUUAAGCAGGAGUGUGGAAUUGAGCCCUGGACCUUCACUCAGAAGCUAGGAGAUGCUGUUUUCAUUCCAGCUGGUUGUCCUCAUCAAUCGAAGAAGAAACUUUUAAUUUUUGAUAUAAAUGGGGUGCUUGCAGACGUAGAAUUUGUCUGUACAUCUGAUGGAACACCUGAGUUUUCUCCAAAACCAGACAGGAUAUUGUGGCUAUUUGGUCUUCAAAAGAAAGCCGCGCGUGGCGGCUCCUCUCUGGCGGUGCUUCCACCCGCUGAAUCGGUUUUUCCUCCUGGAUCCAGAUCUGGUCUUGGUGUUUCCAAGAAUUCAAUUUAUCUGUUCCAAGCCUAG